GUUGGUUGCGUCUGUUGCCGCUGAGCGCUGCUCUUCUUCCUGGAAGACACUCGCAUCGGAGCCGCAGAUGUCACCGGGAGGAGGUCGAGAGAAUAGAGGAGAAGAUUCCCCCGAAGACCUAUCCGACUUAACUCAGUAAACCACGAUCAAAACCAAGCGCACUCGGCCCUCCGGAGCACUGACCCCGUCGAUGCCGCUCGGCCUCUGUCUUUGCAAAUGGCUUGCUGCUUGAAGGACGAGCUCCUCUGUUCCAUCUGCCUCAGCAUCUACCAGGACCCCGUCAGCUUCGGCUGCGAGCACUACUUCUGCAGGAAGUGCAUCACCGAGCACUGGAGCAGGCAGGAGCUCCACGGCGUGCGCGACUGCCCCGAGUGCCGCAGGACCUUCGCGGACCCCCUCCUAUCGCCGAGCCUCAAGCUUUCCAACAUCGUGGAGCGCUACUCGGCCUUCCCGCUGGACGCCAUCCUCAACGCCCAGAGGAGCUCCUACCCCUGCAAGGACCACGAGAAGGUCAAGCUCUUCUGCCUCACCGACAAGAGUCUGGUGUGCUUCUUCUGCGACGAGCCGGCGCUCCACGAGCAGCACCAGGUGACGACCAUCGACGAGGCGUACGAGGAGAUACAGAGGGAGAUGAAGGAGCAGCUGGCCACCCUGCAGGACAGUGAGAAGGGACACACUGAGGCCCUGCAGCUCCUGCAAAGACAACUUACUGAGACCAAGUCCUCAGCCAAGAGUCUGCGCGCAACCAUCGGCGAUGCGUUCGAGCGCCUCCACCGCUUCCUGCGCGAGCGCCAGAAGAGCAUGCUGGAGGAGCUGGAGACGGACACGGCCCGCAAGCUGGCCGACAUCGAGCACAAGAUCCAGCGCUACAGCCAGCAGCUGCGCGACGUCAAGGAGGGCAUCCAGAUCCUGCAGGAGCGCCUCAACGAGACGGGGCGGCACGACUUCCUGGAGGGAAUAGCCGUCACAUCUGAGAGGUGCUUCACCUGCUCCGAGUUUGCUAAAGCAGUCCCAGUAUCAUCGCUGCGCUCCGAUAAGAACGAAAAUGUGGUUGUAAACACAUUCGCUUCAAGAAGGAUCAGGAUUAAAGGGAAGAUUCAUGAGACCAAUCUGACGUAUGAAGACUUCCCAACAUCCAAGUACAUGGGCCCCUUGCAGUACACAAUAUGGAAGUCCCUCUUCCAGGAUAUCUCACCGGUGCCGGCGGCGCUGACCCUCGACCCCAUCACCGCCCAUCAAAGGCUGAUCCUCUCGGACGACUGUACCAUCGUGGCCUACGGGAACCUCCACCCGCAGCCGCUGCAGGACUCCCCGCGCCGCUUCGACGUGGAAGUCUCCGUUCUGGGCGCCGAGGGCUUCGCGUCGGGGGUCCACUACUGGGAGGUGAUGGUGUCGGAGAAGACCCAGUGGAUGAUCGGCGUGGCCCACGAGACGGUCGGCCGCAAGGGCAGCAUCCAGAUCCAGCCCAGCCGCGGCUUCUGCUGCAUCGUCAUGCACGACGGGAACCAGUACAGCGCCUGCACCGAGCCGUGGACCCGCCUCAACGUGAAGAGCAAGCUGGAGAAGGUGGGCGUGUACCUGGACUACCACAAGGGCCUGCUCAUCUUCUACAAUGCGGACGACAUGUCCUGGCUGUACACCUACCGGGAGAAGUUCCCCGCCAAGGUCUUCCCGUACUUCAGCCCGGGCCAGAGCCACGCCAACGGCAAGAACGUGCAGCCGCUGCGCAUCAACACCGUACGCCUUUAAGCAGCGACACGUGAGACUUUAACAGAAAUCUAUUUAAAAAAAUAUAUAUAUAAAAAAUAGGGGGUUGCGUGAAAUGUUUGUUCCUUUCAUUCCUGUUAAGAGUUGUCCACGAUGUCGCCGUUGUUUUUUUUGUGUCACUUGAACCGACAUCGGCCUGCACUCCGCAUCUUUAAUGGAGAAGGUGGCGCUAAGUGGAGACCCCCCCCCACCCCCCCGGGGGGACCGUCUGUGGCAGUUGAUGUUAAAAUAGAAAUAAGAGAUUCACCCUCUUACAGCACCCAGGCCCGCCUUGCACACUCCCAGGGGGCACUGCUCUCCCUCUCGAGCUUGCACGACUUCUUGUUUUUCUGAGAGAACGCCGAAGCCGCUCUGCUCUCCUUGUUUUGUGCUGUACAGUUGGCUUGGCUUUGUGUGGGUGUGUGUGUGUGUGUGUGUGGGGAGCGUGUUGGCCAGCAGUGGACCUCGGAGACCCGGGUCCGUUGACCCUUUUACCCCCCGUCUGAGCCCGUGACCUUGGUUCUUCCUGGUGGGUCAGGUCCUUGUUCGGCCCUCAUCGUGGCGAGCGGCGCUCUCGGUCCACGUCUCAUAGAAGAACAAAUCAAUCCGCUCCAGUGUCGACUUUGAGGACACGUCUGCUUUCAGUCGUGAUGUUUCGAUGUCUUGAAAUCCAAAGAGUGGCCUGAGGAGACACUUGGAGACCUCCCUAAGGUUCCCACUGCGUCCGUCCUCAGCCCCCCCCGGGGGCCAGCGGUCCACCUUGGGGAAAACGUUGCUGCUCUUCACACGCGCAUCGUUAACUCCGAGUUAACCUGUAGCCCAGGGCCGCGCGAUCCAUGCUGCUCUCCCACCAGGCCCCGUUGGCGUAAAAGCUCGACUUAUCCGAUUUCAGCCUCUAACGGGUUACAGGUGAAAUAAUAUUGGAGCUCCACAGAGACACAAUCUCUCUUUAUUGAGAUCACAUUAUAAUAAUAAAUUAAAUCAAGCUGUGUGCUUUGGGAAUUAUCAACUCAAAUGUUAACAGGAUGGAAGGGCCCACUCUUUAUUAUGCUAUUCCUGUGGGACUGGCACAAGGCUGCCGCUGGUUUUCUGAAUCUCUAAUAAUCUGCCCGAGACUCACUAGUUGUACCCGGGGGGGUCCCGUGGAAUCUCCGAUGGAGAGACGUGUCUGUGGGCAUGUGCACGGGGGGGGGGCUUUGUGCCAGGCUGCUUCAGCUAUAAGUUUUUUUUUUAAUCCAGCUUUGGUCGUGCUUGCUAAAGCCCGUCUGGCCCUCCCAGCAGAGCUGCGCUGCAGCCACGAGGGAUUAUUACAAAAUAUUUUGGAUUCAACUGGAACAACUGGUAAAUUUCCAAUAGAACAAACGACAGCAAAAAAAUCACCACACUUCCUUUGCCGCUGUACAUCUUUGCAUCCGUGUGUGUGUGUGUGUGUGUGUGUGUGUGUGUGUGUGUGUGUGUGUGUGUGUGUGUGUGUGUGUGUGUGUGUGUGUGUGUGUGUGUGUGUGUGUGUUGUCCAUGUAAAGGGAAACUGGGGCAGUGCUCUUGUUUUUGUGGAAUGUGAUUCCGGUGCAGUGGGAUGCAAACUAGGGUCUGCCAGUGAUUCUUGGCAUUUUGGUUAAAUUUUUUACACAUCUGCAGGAUGCGGUUUCAGAUAUAGAGGUAUUUUUCCCUGGUAUUUACUCAAACUGAAGUAAAUACCAGCCAGCUGGUGCUUCAAAACAAAUGCAUAAAUUUGACCCUCAGUUUGCUGUGUUUCUGACUUUGUUUGAAUAUUAGGAAGGGGAUUAUUUUCAGGUGGCGUCGGGUUUCUGGUGAUGGUAAUGACGUGAAUCGUCAAAACAAGUUAUGAUAACUAUGACACUUUUAAUGAUUAUAAUGAUUGUUCUUCUGAUGAUGGCCCCUGUGCACUCGUCAUUGUAUGAAUACACUUUAGUGUACUUUAGCUGCAGCUGAGGUUUGUGGGUAAUGUUUUAAUGUACAAUAAAUUACUGCAAAAAUC